GAGCGGCGGAACGUAGGGGAACAAGACCAAGGGAGAAUCGCCGUGUGCAAGAGAAGCAUGGCACUGGACUGGCACAGCUCCCUGAUCCUCGCCGCCUACAUCCUCAUCUUUCUCACGGGACUUCCUGCCAACCUGCUGGCCCUGAGGGCAUUCGUGGGGCGGGUCCGCCAGCCCCAGCCCGCCCCAGUGCACAUCCUCCUGUUGAGCCUGACGCUGGCCGACCUCCUGCUGCUGCUGCUGCUGCCCUUCAAGAUCGUGGAGGCCGCGUCCAACUUCCGCUGGCACCUGCCGCAGGUCGUGUGCGCGCUCACUGGCUUCGGCUUCUACAGCAGCAUCUACUGCAGCACAUGGCUGCUGGCGGGCAUCAGCGUGGAGCGCUACCUGGGGGUGGCCUUUCCGGUGCAGUACAAGCUCUCCCGCAGGCCUCUCUAUGGGGUCAUCGCCGCCCUGGUGGCCUGGAUCAUGUCCUUCGGCCACUGCACCAUCGUCAUCAUCGUCCAGUACUUGAACUCAACCCAGCAGGUGGAAACCCAGAAUGAGCUCACCUGCUAUGAGAACUUCACCCAAGAGCAGCUGGCCGUGGUGCUGCCCGUGCGCCUGGAGCUCUGCCUGGUCCUCUUCUUCAUUCCCAUGGUGGUCACGGUCUUCUGCUACUGGCGCUUCGUGUGGAUCAUGCUCACGCAGCCCCACGUGGGCGCGCAGAGGCGGCGCAGGGCCGUGGGGCUGGCUGUUGUGACGCUCCUCAAUUUCCUCUUGUGCUUCGGGCCCUACAACGUGUCCCACCUGGUGGGCUUCUACUUGCAACAGAGCCCCCCGUGGCGCGUGGAGGCCGUGGUGUUCAGCUCGCUCAACGCCACUCUGGACCCGCUCUUGUUCUACUUCUCCUCCUCCGUAGUGCGCAGAGCUUUCGGGCGAGGCUUGCAGCUGCUGCGCCACCAGGGCACCGCCAUGCUCGGGCGCAGAGCUAAAGGGACAGCAGAGGGGACCAGCGUGGACAAGGGUGCUAGCCAAGCAGAGGGAGUGCCCAGUUCGGACUUCAACACAGACUAG